CGCUAGAUUCAAACAGCAGAGCGAGAAGGCAGCUGAGCAAAGAAAAAGGAAAGGUAGAUGAGAGUGGGAGCUGAACAAGAAGAAGAAGAAUAGAGCGGAAUAGAAAACACCUUCCUCACUUUACAUUUAUAUUCUUCAGUCUUCGUCAGAGGGCUUUCUGAAGGACAUUUUUAUCUUUUAUUGGUUUCGUUGUUGCAAAAUUUGCAAAGGGCAAAAUGACGAGCAGCAGAGUGAUUGUCAUUGCUAUGAUGGUGCUCCUGGCCUCCCUGUCCAUCAGUGAAGGGAUGAGUCUGAGAAGCCUGGGAGUAGAGCUGCACUGCCGCUGCAUCCAGACAGAGAGCAAACCCAUUGGCCGCCACAUUGCAAAGGUGGAACUGAUUCCUGCCAACUCCCACUGCGAGGACACUGAGAUCAUUGCUACUCUGAAAAAGACAGGCCAAGAGGUCUGCCUAGACCCCGAGGCUCCCUGGGUGAAGAAAGUGAUUCAGAAGAUCAUGUCCAACAGAAGACGCUGAGCAGAUGGCGAGUGACGUCUUUCAAUGAGUCUGAGCCAUUUAUGGACAAAUGAAAAGUACCCUAAAGUAUUUGUUUGAUCAGAUGACUGAGUCAUCACCCUCAUUUCAUGUUAACACCAGGGGUCUGCUUGAUGUCCUGAUCAACUGUUGAAGUGGACAAUAGAAUUUACUCACUCGAUUAUGUUUGUAUCAAACAUGCAAUUUUGUUAACAAGUCUGUUCUUGUUUGUAUUUUACUUAAAUAUUUUCUAGCCAAAACUCUUUUCUGCAAUUUUGGCUGCUCCUAUCAGUCCAGUAAUACAGAUUAGAUUACUCCUCUUUGUCGCUUAUUUAUGUCUUUAGCAUUAUUUAUUGAUGUAUUUAUGAAAUGUAUCUAUAAUAUCUAUAUGGCCUAUUGAUCAAAAUAAAAAAGAUCAUUUGAAA